AUGAAUGACGAGGAAGUUAGUUUCAAGCACCAGGAGCAGUUUGGCCGGGUCUACAACGAGGACGAUUUUCUAGUUUUCAAUGUGGCAGUUCUUAAUCCGGAAACAAUUGCCUACCUAGUGGACUUUUAUGUGUACACUUCAAGAUGCUACCCUGGAGAGCCACCAAAUCAUAUAGGAUUCAGCUACAUUUUACCAAGCACAUUGCAAAGCAGUGUUGGUCUUCUCACGGUUCCCAUCACCAGCACAAAGCACAGACCUAUAGGACAACUGACUGUUGAAUAUGUUGCGAUAAAACCAAUCGCUGAUCAAUCAUGGAACAUGAGUAUUUCAUACGCAAAACAUUGGGAAGAAAGGUGGUCUGGCCUGGACGUUGGGCACAGGGGACUUGGAACGUCAUUCAAAUUAGAAAUGCAAAAUUGUGCCAAUGUACGAGAAAACACCAUUGCCUCUUUAAAGACUGCCGCAUACCAUGGUGCCGAUAUGGUGGAAUUUGACGUCCAAUUAUCAAAGGACCUGAUUCCAGUCAUUUAUCACGAUUUUCAUGUUUCGAUUUCGUUGAAGCGCAAAAAACAAAUUGAGGCUAUGGAUAUGCUGGAAAUACCCGUAAAAGAUCUCACUUUGGAGCAGCUCCAUCUUCUUAAGGAUGGCACUUUCGAACUUAAUCAUCCCUUCGAUUUAAACGUGUACUUGGACAUUAUAAUUAAAGUCGUCCUGGAUUACGGUUGCGAUAGAAAAAUCAUCUUCUCGUCGUUCAAUCCCGAUAUUUGUGCGAUGAUUCGACUCAAGCAAAACAAAUAUCCCGUGGUUUUUCUAACGCAGGGCGAAACUAUCAAAUAUCCAACCUAUCAUGAUCCGAGGUGUCAGACGAUACCCAUGGCCAUGCGACACGCCUUGGCAGCGGAUAUUUUAGGAAUCAAUGUCCACACUGAAGACAUUCUUAGGGAUCCGUCGCAAGUCAAAUUGGUCAAGGACUCUGGCCUCAUUAUAUUUUGUUGGGGAGAUGAUAACAAUGAUAAGGACACUAUAAAACACUUGAAGAAAUUGGGUCUACAUGGUGUCAUCUAUGACAAAAUGGAUGAGUUUAAUCCGAAGUCAGUGAAAGAGAGCAUAUUUUUGGUGGAUGCUAGAGAAAGUCAAAAGGCCUUGAUAGCCCUGGCGCACAGCAGUCAAGCCACUAGUCCCCAACAACCUCCAAUUCCUCUGCCAAUUAAUACAGAGCAGGACGACUACUAUCUGGCCUUGGAGAAGGCUCAAAAUCUCGUGACUUCGACUUCAACAGCGACAUCCCUGGAGUCUCUUGGUAAAAGUGUCAUCGGAAAUGACAGUGUUUAUCCUCUCCCAAUUAUUCAAAUUUCGAAUGGUUGCAAUUCGCAACAGGAUAAAGAAAUGGGCGAUCUCACAAAAACGUUUAGUGUUUGUGCAAAAUCGUUUGGACAUCCACCAAAAGCAAAAAAUGUCGCGGAUACGGCGAUGUCUGAAAUUUGUGUUGAAGACGAUUCCGGGAAAAACAGUCUUUGAUGUUUAAUUUGAAAACUGUGAAUCGGUCUUUCAGGAAAGAGGCAUUCAUUUGAUGAAUGAGUUGAUAAAGCUGUUAGAAUUAAUUCAAGCCUAAUUAAUUAAUUAAUUCAAGCACGUCUCUUUAAUCGGGUUUUCUUCAAUUGAACGAUUUUAUCUUUUUUCUUUAUAUGUGAUUAUUGCAGAAGAAGAAGAAGAAGAAAAAGCAGUUGGAAACUUUAGAAAUAUUUUUGAAAAUAAAUUGAUUGCGAGAUAGUGAUUUUAGAAAAUGGAGACAUUUGAGGUAGGAAAGAAUGAUAAAUAAUGAUGGUAUGUUUUUCAAGGAUAGUUUCGACGCUAGAUUUGCUUACGAAUUUUUUGAUUAAAUCAUAAUCACAGAAUGCUCGUGUUCAACACUGGAACUAUGAAAAUAUUGAGGGAGAGAAAAAAAAACUCAUUUUCACGUGUCUUAUUCGCCAGGAAGAGUAGAAAGUUUUGCAUCGUCCGAAAUAUUCCGGCACUUGCUUCCGCUUGAGGGUGGCAAACUAUUGAUCUGAAUGUUGAAUUUAAAGAGAGGGAUUAAUUAAUUUAUUUAAAGAUACGGGAUCAAUAGUUUUUUGUUCGGAAGGAGAACGAUUGUAUCAAUCGUUGGUAGGCGGCUCUUUAUAUUUUUCGCAGUUCACUAUAAUAAUUAUAAACAUAAUAAUGUUAAUAAUAUUAAGAAAGAUAUUGUUGUAUAAUAAAUAUUACAGCAUUUGGCGCGCGUAAAUUGAACGGGGGAUAGAUUUCUUCUAAAAGAGGCUACAACAAUUUUCAUUUAUUGAUAGGAACUUUUAAUUGUUUGUUAAGAAAUUAUUUUAUUCUAACAUUUAACAAUUUCACUAAUUACAGUACGCUCAUUAAGAUUAAUAAACCUACUGUUUAUAA